UUCAGUUUUGGCCAGUUCACCAUCCUCUGCUGGAGAGUAGACAAGCAACUUAGAGCACCAACCAUGAGCCGACCCAUCCUCCUUCUGCUGGUGCUGUCUCUGGCUCUUGCAGCUAUCUGUACAGCAUACAAAAUGGACGGUCGACAACGCUGUCUCUGCAAAAACCUCUAUGAGGUCAAACCCUGGAAAAUCAAGGCCUGGGAGGUGCAUCACCCAAGCCCAUAUUGUGAUGUCAUUGAGAUUGUGGUGAGUCUGAAGUAUAGAAAGAAGAAGGUCUGCCUGCAUCCAAAGUCAGAAGCCUGGAAAGCAAUAAUGCAGAAGGAGAGUGGGCCAAUAUAAACCAUUAAUGUACUGUCAGAUCUUCUGAUUUAUAAUCCAACUCCAGCAAGGAGUAAUAAUGCUGCUGGGGGGGGGG